AUGAAUUCCAUACCACUGCAAUAUGAAAGUUUGAAAGCAGUUCUACUUUACAUGGACCCUAAUGUCAGAUUCAUAAUAGCCCAUAGAGCACCAACAAUUCGUUCAACCGAAAGAACUGUGCCGCUUAGAGUGAGAUAUUUGGAGCUUGAUGAGUAUUCCACUGCAGUCAACAAUACCUUAGGGGUAUACCGAGAUUAUGAUGCUGAUGAAAAAAUUCCGAGUGAAGUCGAGAUGUAUAAUAAAUACGGAGUUCAGUACGAUUUUGAUAGACAUGGUUUUCCAGUCGCAUUGGGAUUUUCAGUAUUGAAACCUGGAGACAUACUAAUUGGAAACUUGGAUGGCCACGAUUUUGAAUAUGAUACCGUUCACGUGGAACGGGCGUUUCGGAGGGCGUUAAAACGUUAUGAAAAAUCGUUAUAUCUCCUCUCCAAUCCAAGUGCAUCUGAAGCAUCAGAUGAUGAAGAAGAAGAAGAAGAAGAAGAAUAUAAUGACUCCACCGAUAUGUCAAAAGAGGAAUUGGAAGAUUUAAUUGAUUCCACCCGCGAUGCUCUUCUCCCUUUUGAGUGUCGGCGUUUCAAUCUGAAACCACCGUACACCUGCUACAUUCAACUGACUAUCGAAUCAGGGGAGAAAAGACAAAUUCAGCGAUUUCCUUACAAAAUGAAAGUAUAUGAAGCAAUGAAACGUCUGAACAACUUUUUGUUCGGGGGAAGACGGUCGGCGAUCCAAGUGGGGGAGUUAUAUAUACAUGAUCGAAGUUUUAUACUCAGACUGCCGAUUGGUUUCCAAGUCAGAACGAAAGAACUGAGAUAUUUAUCAAAUUUGGACAAUCGGAACGAUUCGAUCGUUUCGAUGCUCGACUCGUCGUACUUUCCAUUAGAUGUUGUUAGUAUCUAUGUGAAUCAUCAAAAUAAUUUUCAAAUCCCAAUCGUUACUAGUGCUAAAAAAUUAAUAAUUCAUAAUCUUGGCAUCGUUUAUGAUGUAUCAUUAUCACCACUUAUCAGAAAAUGUUCAAACCCGCAUGUCGUUCUGGCAGAUACAUUUGCAUUUAUUACAGCCGAAGGGUUGUUUGAGGCGGUUCAAUUAUGGAUAGAGGGCAUCCAAUCCAUUGAAACUAGUGUUUCACUUGGAAUCGAAAAGGAAGAGACAGUAAAAGAACUUUUCAAAUUGAUCAUAGCGCGUGUGGAGAAUACAAAAAGAACGAAAAGAUGUGUUUCAAUGCGUACCCCGGAUAAUUCAAGGCUAGAAGUAUUCUAUGUACCAAACAAGAGCAGUAAGGACCAAAUCAUGUACGGAUACGAUUCCAAGUGGAUACUCAAGAUUAGAGCCGUUCAAUUCUAA